AGGGUGGUUUGGUGUUGGUCUAGCUCGGUAACCUGAAGAAAGUUUAAGAUUGGGAAAUGCCGGAGAACAUCUCCACGAGGUCACAGAAAGACGCUCAAACUGAGCAGGAGUUGGCUACAAGAACGUUACGCAUCCAAAACAAACGCUUCUACUUGGAUGUAAAGCAGAAUAGACGUGGGCGCUUUGUUAAAAUCACUGAAGCUGGUAAUGGUGGUCAAAAGUCACGCAUUCUCAUGUCGAUUGCGGUGGCUUUGGAAAUGCAAGAGAAAGUGAACAAAUUGAGCGAUUUGUAUAGCCAGCUACCGUCCCACUCUCCGCAGUGUUUAGCUCAAGAUGGCCGACUUGCCUCAGAUACCAUAGUCCGCGACAGCCGGCGAUACUACCUGGAUCUGAAGGAAAAUGAACGUGGCCGCUUUCUGAGACUUGCUAUGUUAUCCAUGGGAGUGCGUGAUCAGAUUGCUGUUCCAGCACAGGGAAUGAUUGAACUCAGGAAUGCUCUGGCAGAUUUAACUCAAGAAUUCGCUAACGACGCUGAAAACGACACCUUUUGUGACUUGCCGGAAUCUAAAAUGAUGACAGUUGGUAACAAAACCUUUUACUUUGACGUGGGCUCAAAUCGCUAUGGUGUCUACCUACGCAUUUCCGAAGUUCGCGCGAACGUUCGCUCUUCUGUUACCAUCCCGGAACAACAUUGUGCUCGUUUUCGUGACAUAGUUACUGAGCUGGCUAGCAGAAUGUCAGACCAGAAGUUGGACAACCGCCCACCAGUCAACGGUGAUGCAGAAGAAGUCUUGGAUCCCACACCUAAGGACAAACCGAAAGCAAUCGAUGACGUGUCGAAUUCUUGCGAGCCAAUCGCCGUGGCGUAAAGUGCGCCUCGAUCUCAGUCCCGUGGACUUGAUCUCUGUCAAUGCAGUAACUUUCGUUUUAUUGUUGAUCUUUAUGCGGCAUGCCAUUACCACGUUAUUCUACUUGUUUUCACUCCUUUUUUGUAUAUCUUGCAUUACGCCAUAGUUUUUAUACUUCAUUGUUUUAACUUACUCUCGUUUUUUCGUUACCAAUGAAAUGUUAUCUGGUCUUUGUUCUUUACUCAGCUGAUCAAUAGGGUAACGUUCAACUUUUUUAUGAGCACCUUCCGACAAAAUGUACCUGUUCUUUUCGACUUAUAUAUUGCUGUUAUCUCAGGCGGAACCUCAUUUUGGGCUUUGCGCGUCUAAUGUCGGAUGAAUUCACUCACUAAUUUGAUUAACUUAUUCAGAAAGUUUAAGGCUCAGUUGUCUCCAAUCCGUUAUUUCCGGCUGCUGUAAUACAAGCUUUUCCACAGAUUGGCUCUGAGUGGCAAGUGACCAGAUAAAUAGUACGGUAUACAGCUUGAUAACUACGGAAC